GGCGGCGGGUGGAACUCCGCGCCGCGGCCAUCGCGGAAGCCGCCGACGCGCUGCUACAGCUGGUGUUGCCGCCGAGCUCCCCAGUCGCCGUCGCCGACCGAGAUGUCGUCACACAACUGUGGGAGUGCUUCGCCGUGAACAUCCGCUGCCCCUUUCUCUUCCCAGACGACGCGGUGAAGGGCGCUGCGGAGCCGCCGGACUACAGUGUCGGCCCCAUGACGGGCAGCAGCGGCAUUUCUCCCACGCAGGCGGCGAUCGAAACGGCCCUGCAGCGACUCGGCUGGGGGGGGCCCCUGCGCCCC